UCUUCUUCUAUCUUCAUGAUACCACGCGAUCAUAAUAAAAAUGCAGUUUCCGAUACGAAAUCUUUGUCUGGAGGAGAACGGUCAUAUAGCACUGUAGCUUUUCUCAUCUCUUUAUGGUCAUGUGUUGAUCAUCCUUUUUAUUUCUUGGAUGAGUACGAUGUUUUUACGGAUGAAGUGAACCGAGAGUACAUGACACGUCUGCUCAUCGAUGAAGGGCGUAAACGUCCACUUCGACAGUAUUCUUUCUUAACGCCUCAGGAUAUGGCAUUGAUGUCCGAAGACUUUAUAAAGAUAUUACGAUUGGGAGAACCAGAACGCGGUUGAUGUAUUAAUUAAAUUUGUUGGUUAUUCUCUAACAGCAACUGGAAUUGCAAACAUUUUAUUACACUAAAUAUGCAUAUGUACAUUUUUACUAUUUUUAUUCCAAAUAUUUUGUAUUGGUAUAAUUUCGAAUAUGUUUUUUUAUGUUUCAUUGAAAAGACACGAAGUCCAAUAAAACGCUUUUUCACAAAUGGCGUGUGUAAAUGGGUCAAUUUUCAAUAAAUAGUUGUUGUAGCAACUAAAAUACGUAAAGGAUAUAUCUUUGGAAGGAUGAUCUUAUGAAA